AUAAUUCGUGUCUUCUGAAUGUUGCUCAUGAAUUGGAUCAUGAACAUAUUUUCCCUAAUGCAAUCUAUAAUGGUGUUCUUGUGAACUUUCCAGAUACUUUUCAUUACCCACGACACAAAGAGUAAGUGUUUCUUUACCUUUCACUGCUUCCAUUUGACUGAAAUCAGCCACACAAGACGACUACGCUCAGACACGAGAGAAAACUAAAUAUUUGUGAUUUGAAGCAAUAAAAUCGUAGGCAGAAUUAUAGUUGUGGUCUACACUUCCAAAAUGGCGAGCUUCAGCGUUGUAAAGAGGAGCAACAACUUCCUCAGAAAGCACAGGAAGUGGCCAUUUUCACCUUACAAAACCAAAUGGCAUCAAACUUUCGAUCAGGACGAAGCUUUGCGAAUCCUAAAGCAAGCUGCAAAUUCGCCGGAACAAUCGAAUUCCGACCAACCUUACCUUCUUUCCGCUCUCGUAAGCUCCUUCAAAGCCUACUGCUGCCACCCGACCCCCAAUGCUUACCACUUCGUCCUCAAAACCCUAGCUCGAACAUCCCAAUUCCACCACAUUCCCCUUGUUCUUGAUCGUCUUGAACGUGUCGAGAAAUUUGAAACCCCAGAGUACAUAUUUGCCGACCUCAUCAAAUUUUACGGACGAAUGAACAGAAUUCAAGAUGCCAUCACUAUUUUUCGUAGGAUUCCCAUGUUCAGGUGCGUUCCCUCUACGUUGUCGCUCAACCCUUUACUUUUCUUGCUCUGUAAAAACGGUGAAGGUAUCCGAAUGGUUCCCGAGAUCAUAUUGAAUAGCCAGGCUAUGGGUAUUAGGCUCGAAGAGUCGACAUUCCGGAUUCUAAUUACUGCCUUAUGUAAAAUUAAUAGAGUCGGGCAUGCCAUGGAGAUUUUCAACAAUAUGAUAACGGAAGGGUAUGGUCUUAAUCCCGGAAUCUGCUCUUUUAUCUUAUCAUCGCUCUGCGAACAAAAGAGAUCCUCUAGCAGUGAGGUUCUUAGUUUUCUGGAGCAAAUGAGGCAAAAAGGAUUCUGUCCCUGUGUUGUGGAUUAUUCUAAUAUAAUUAAGUUUUUCGUUAGGAGAGGGAUGAGUUCUGAUGCUCUCGAUCUAUUGAAUAAAAUGAAGGCCGAUGGUUUCAAGCCUGACAUUGUUUCUUAUACUAUGGUCUUGAAUGGGGUGAUUGGGGAUGGGGACUAUAAGAUGGCAGAUGAGCUGUUUGAUGAAUUGCUUCUAUUUGGUUUAAUUCCUGAUAUUUAUACAUAUAACGUGUACAUACAUGGAUUAUGCAAACAAGGUGAUCCGGGAGCAGGAAUUCAAAUGAUUUCGCGUAUGGAGGAAUUGGGAUGCAAGCCUAAUGUGAUUACUUACAAUAUUCUCUUGGAAACUUUCUGUAAAACCAGGAAGCUCGACGAGGCUAGGAAGCUUAGAAGUGAGAUGCAACUAAAGGGUCUGGCAGAAAACUUGCUGACUUUUAGGAUUAUGAUCAAUGGUUUAUUUAAUAAUGGUGAAGUAAUUGAAGCUUGUAUCAUACUGGAGGAAAUGCUAGGAGGUUGUUUCCCUCCUCAGAUUUCAACUUUUGGAGAGAUUCUUUCUUGGUUGUGCAAAAGAGGCAUGGUCGGCAAAGCACUUGAGUUGCUCACGUUAAUGGUUGGCAAGAACUUUUCCCCAGGUGCUAAGGCUUGGGAAAUACUGCUCCUGAGCUCUGGAAAUGAACUAACUUCUGUUAAGAGCCUGGAAACUACAUUAGGAGAUCUAGUAGGCGUAUAAAGAAAACCAACCCUGCAGAUUUCAGAGCACUUGAACUGUAGAAGUCAUCACGGCUAUGCUUGAACAGUUCACUUAUUCAUUCUGUAAUGGACCAACCUUUUUUGUUUAACCCUACACUCAAUAGGGUGAGGAACAAAGGUAUUGCAAUGACGACUUUGUUUGAGCUAUCUGCUGAUGUUGUGGUAGUCGGGAAUCAAUAUUUCACGUAAUCUUCUACCUGAAGAAGGUGAGGAUACACCCUUCAACCUCCAGGGGUGGGCGAGGUUUACUGCCAAUCCAACAUCUGAUAAUGUAAAUUUUCUUCAUGGGAGAAGGACGAGGCAGCAGUUAAAAAGAGGAUAAAGACAUCUAUUAUCAUCUUUAAAGAUUAAUGGCUCGACCAUUCACCUCGCAAUUGUUGAACUCAAACGAGAAGCAGAAAAAGAAAAGGUAGAAAACCUUCCUAGGUUUGGAAAGCAAACCAUGUUUUUUUUCAAGAUUUGCAUCAAAUCCAACUUUUCCUGCUAUUACCAUUUGUAUAAAUCUGUUUUAUUGAAUGAAAGUGAUGGAAUUUAAUUCGAACUUGAAUCACAAAAGUAGAUGUUUCAAAAAAGAACAGAAUUCCUCCUGAAUGAAUCAAAGUUUGUCGUGGGGCGAAUGUGAUAAGCAAUCGUGGCAAAUCAGUAAGGACUAAGGAAGGCAAAAACUUAAUAUCCAAAUUAUGUACAGCCUCUGUGUCUCCCUUCAUUGGGAAAUGAGAAUAAAUUGGAAAAUCGUUUCUUUAUCCACCCGGUCCCAUCUCUAUCUUUGGUUGUCACUUUUGCAUAUAUAAACCAACUCUAAAUUUUCUUUCCUUAUUUCCUUUAUCUACUUUUAUUCCAAAAGUUUCACUAAAAUUUCUAAGAGUUUUAGCUUUAUUAUUAUUGAAUAUGAAUGAUUUUUGUACAUCAGCAUUCAAUUCAACUAUAACUACAUGCAUUUGCCUUUCUUUUCGCCUCUAUCAACUUCAUCUUCAAGCAUUUUUGCUCGAUUUUAUAUGGAUAAAAUAUCUAUUACCAUCUUAACGAUAGAUGGUUCGAUUUCUACAACUCAAUAGAUAAAUAAACAAAUAAGCCAUCUUAUACCAAGGAAAAAGCAUCUGCUACAAGAAUGAAUAAUUGCUCUUAUCUGGUAACUCUUCUAUUGUUUCUGAAAGUUAUAUAUAAACAAACAGAUAUUAAAUACAGAGAGAAAAGAAGGGAAAAAGAAUGAUUUUGGUGGUAUAAACACAAGCAUAAUCCGGUUUGAGUCUUGAUUGCGACAAGACGUGGAAAAAUUGAAGAUUUAGUCAACAAAUUGGACUCGUCACUUUGACUCUGAAUCUAGUUGAAUCUCAAUACAAAUCCAAGAAUUUAAACUUUAUCUCCUUCUCAAUUUCUUGAAAUUAACUGAUAUUUAUCCUUUACCCACAGAUAUACAUUUGACAUUUCCCACGGUCCGAUCCUUGAAAUUAACUCUAAUCAUGAACCAAAAACUUCAAUAUAAUUAAUAUAUUCUUAUUUCUAACCUUGGAUUUGAACUGUAUUAUAUUCGAUAUGUUA